AUGAGACUGGCAACUAUUCUUCCUGCCUUCGCGGCAUUCCAUCUUGUCCAAGGACUUGAGGCCCCUGUUCUGGGGUAUGGCGUCGAGGAAUUCUCCUGGGAGGUUGAGACCAAGCCUGGAGGUCCCAAAGUGAUUCUCAAUGGCACAGUGCAAGAAAUUUAUGCCGAAUUGAUCAACAUCAACCCAACAUAUGAUCUGGAUUUCGCGGCCAUGCCGGCGCAAGCGAUUGUUGAUACCAACAACGAGACUUCGCAUCUACACAAGCGACUUGAUGUCACUUGCAACAACUAUGACCAGGCAAUCUCAUCAAGGAUUAAAGAGGGUAUCAGGUACUUACGCGGUGUCAACGGCAAACCCAGUAAUGGUCCCGGACCUGGAAAUUGCGGAAGAGUUAGCUGUUCGUAUAACUCUGCGAUCUGGUGGUGCAAUGAUAACACAUCGCCGAAGACCCUUGGCGGGUUCAAUAACAUUGCUGAUAGUGCUCAAGUCAUCAUCAAUCAAUGUGGCCCAACGGAGGUUUAUGUCUCCGGAGAAGAAAACCAUGGGGACAAAUGGAGAGGCAUCGUCCGCCGGAGUCCAUGCUGA